AUGCAGCAUAUGCCAGCGCUGGUGAGUCUGGUGCGUUGUAUGGCAGCGCUGUGCUGCAUCGAAGAAGUGGUUCGUUUUCUGGAUUCCACUGGUGGCUCCCGGCUUUUUGUUGCUCUAAUCAGAUGUGCUGCUCGAUGCGCUACUGCACCGGUCGAUAUAACUCGAAACUCCGGCAAACGAUGUAUUCAGUUGGAGGAAGCAACUAUCAGUCUGCUUUCACAGUAA